AUGGGCAAAAAGAGAGUGGCUCUAAUUAUAGGAUAUAACGGAAUUGGAUACAAGGGAAGCCAGAUAAACAAAGAAGAGCACACGAUUGAAAAAACUGUGUGUGAUGAAAUAUACGGGCUGGGCUAUAUUUCAGCAAGAAAUGCCGAAAACUAUUCGAAGGUAGGGCUGCAACGGUCAUCGCGCACAGAUAAAGGAGUGCACGCUGCCAUGCUUGUGGUCUCUCUGAAAAUAGAAAUAGGUGAGAGCCGGUCCUGCAAAGAUCUUGAAGAAAAACUGAGGGAGGUGCUUCAUCCGCACAGCAUUGUGCUCCAUAGAAUUGUUGAAACCACAAAAAACUUUGAUGCAAAAGCAGGAUGCGAGUCUCGGGUGUACGAGUACUUUGUGCCUCAGAGCGCGUACACCGCAGAGGGUGAUUCUGCAGAAAACAUAUCCAGAAAAACAGAAAUAUUCACAAAAGUUCUGAAGUCGAUGGAAGGCACACACAACUUCCACAAUUUUACCGUGCAGAACCAAGAAAAAGGCCCAAACAGAUACAUCAAGGAAAUUACAGUUGAGAAACUUGUUUUUGAUGGUGUGGUGUGGCACAAGGUAGUGCUCCAUGGGCAGAGCUUCAUGAUCCACCAGAUUAGAAAAAUGAUAGGGUUUGCUGUUUUAUCAGCACAGAGAGCCAAGGAAGAAUCAGACAUAGCAAGAUAUCUCGCUUCUGUAUUUACGCCCGAAAAGAGAAACAUUCCCAAAGUGCCAGGCUCUCUUCUUCUCCUGUCCCACAGCUAUUUCAACAACUACAACCAACGGUUUGGAGAAGAGCGCGGAGUAUUGGACAACGCUGGAUGCGAUGCAUACAAAAUAGAUACUCUGUACCCGGCUGUGUGCACUAGAGAGAAUGCAGAUACCUUUAAAGAGUGGCAGGAGGUAAUUGAAAAACAUGCAGACGAAUUUUCUUAUUUGCAAUAA